AACACACUGUACGUAGUUGAAUUGAUCUUGACAGCUCACGUGGUCAGACUGUAUGUAACCCGGAUGACAAACUUCCCCCACUGUACCUUUUCCUUCUUCAAGAUCUCCUCCGAGCGGACCAGAAUGGAUUUCAUGACGGAUCGGGAUGUGCAGAAGUACAAAGAGGAUGGGUAUGUGGUUCUGGAUGGGCUUCUGACCCCCCAGGAGUGUGACGAACUGAAGCAGAGAAUGAAUGAGAUUGUGGACAGGAUGGACAUCCCUGAGCACUGCCGCAUCUCCUUCUCUACCGACCACGACGAGCAGCUCCAAAAGCAGGGCAAUGCUGACUAUUUCAUCACAAGUGGAGAUAAGGUCCGCUUUUUCUUUGAGAAAGGGGUUUUUGAUGACAAAGGGGAGUUCAUCGUACCAAAGCAGCGGUCUCUCAAUAAAGUUGGACAUGCUCUACAUGCACACGAGUCUUUGUAUAGGAAGGUCACACAUUCACCCAAAGUGCAGGGCAUAGCCAAGAAGCUGGGGCUUAGUAACCCUGUGAUACUGCAAAGCAUGUACAUCUUUAAGCAACCUGGAAUUGGUGGAGAAGUGACACCACACCAAGAUGCUACUUUUCUGUACACGGAGCCUCUGGGCAGAGUGAUGGGUCUCUGGAUCGCCCUUGAGGAUGCUACAGUUAACAAUGGCUGUCUGUGGUUCAUCCCAGGAUCACACAGUACUGGGAUCUCUCGCCGUAUGGUACGCACCCCAGAAGACACCUAUCCACUAACAGACUUCAUUGGAAGAGAGCGGCCGUAUGAUGAAGAGACAUUUGUGGCAGCACCUGUUAGAAAAGGCGGUGUGGUUCUGAUUCACGGGGAAGUUGUGCAUCGAAGUGCUCAAAACAAUUCCGACGACUCUCGCCAUGUCUACACCUUCCACAUCAUGGAGGCCUUGGAUACCCACUGGAGCCCCGACAACUGGUUGCAGCCCACCGAGGAGCUCCCCUUUACUCCUCUGUACCUCAAAUGAAGGGUGUCUUUGAUAUUUUAUGCUGCAUAACAAGUGAGAACAGGUUUAACAGUGAAAAAGUUGUAAAACAAGCUUUUAAAAACAUGUUUUAUGAGUCAGAUUCAGUCCACAUGCAGACCGGGACAGUGGUUCUCCACCCCAGUUUGGAUGAUUUAUUUUUGUUACCAUCCCGUACAAAUGUGAUACAUCUGUAAAGGAAAAAUAAACUAUAAACUCCA